UGGCGGAGAUCCGGCAAAACUGUUUUUCGAUGCAAUUUCAGUAAAACGGCAAUUAGACGGUUUGUUUUGUAUUAGUAGAGUUGAAUAUAAUCGAUUUUUCCGUAUCAUAAUGGUUUCGGGGCGGAAAACGUAAAUUUAAUUUUCGCCGCUCGUUAAAAAUUCUAACACCUUGUAAACAAGCUCGCUGAACUGUCAGACAAAGUGAGGUUAGAUCAGGUGCUUGCAGUACCCUAUACAUGCUCUGUUCUGCGGACCGAAAACAUUUUUAGUUUUGAAUAAUCCGUAAUCUCGUGUGUGUUCCUUCCCUGCUAAAAAUGGCCAGCUCAAAGCGCGUUUUUCACAAAAUCCAAGAGUUAAAUAAAUGCACUGAGGGUGUCCGCUACAUUGUCAAUCGAAAUCCACGCAACUUGGAACGAUUGCGUUUGGCUUACAAAAAUGAUGGUUAUCAUCUGGAGAAACCCGGUCGGAACUUCUGGCACAAAUUGGAGCUUAUAUCGAGCAACAAAUACGUAACCGCCAAAGUAAACCACUUUUCAAACGGAACAAUUGUAGAAUCGAGCACUUCCGAAUGGGCAGUCAAACGUCAUUUAUUCAAAGGAAAUGAUACUUCGGCUUACAUAAACUUGGCAAAAAUUUUUGCCAUUCGCUGUAUGGAGGCUGGCCUUACGGAAAUGCGCUGUGAUAUCCAACCGAAACCAGACGGAAAGGUGGACAAAUUCCUAAAAACACUGACUGAAAGUGGAAUCAAGCUACAAGAACCUGAACGGAUAAAGCCAAUUCAACCGUGGGAUAUGGAACGCCCAGAGAAACCAUGGGAAGUGACGGAAUAACAUCAAACAUUUGUUGUGGUUUCCUAGAUUUUAUUAGCCAUAAUUAAAGCAAGCACUCCAAACGGA